AUGAUUAGGCUGAAUCCACCCCAGCCUAUCUGUGUUGCUAUACAAACUGUUUUAAUUGGAAUUUUCAGCCGUUAUGCUUUACCUUACAAAUGGUCAUGGAUUCAAUCUAUUCUAUUUGGUUCAAUAUUAAGUGCUACAGAUCCUGUCGCAGUUGUUGCUCUCUUACAUGAUAAUGGUUGUAAUCAUUUAUUAACACAAUUAAUUGAUUCGGAAUCAUUUUUAAAUGAUGGUGUAGCAUUUAUUAUAUUUUCAAUAUUUUCACGUUUAUUAACCGUUCAACAACAACAACAAGUGAAUGUUAAAGAUAUUUGUAUAGAGAUUGUUAAAACAACAAUAGGUAUUGCAACUGUAUGGUGUUUAAAUCAUAUUGGGAAUCAAUUAGAAAUCGAAAUUAGUUUAACAUUUGCUUUAACGUACAUCAUCUUCUAUGUUGGGGAUACUAAAUUAGGUUUAUCUGGAAUUCUUACUAUUUGUGUAUUUGGUAUUUAUUUAUCGAAACAUAAAUAUUCUAUUAGUUAUAAUUUACAACAACAAUUACAAUCAAUAUGGAAAUUAAUUGUUUAUUUUAUAAAUAUAUGUGUAUUUACAAUAAUUGGAUUUAUUUUAGCUAAAACGUUUUUUUAUUCAACCGUAUCACAAAUAACAUCGAUUGACUUUGGUUAUUCUAUACUAUUAUAUCUUAUUAUACAAUUUAUACGUUUAAUAACUAUUGUUAUUCUAUAUCCAUUAAUACGUUUAAGUGGUGUCAAGUUAACAUUAAAUGAAUAUUUUAUGUUAGUCUGGUCUGGUCUACGAGGCAUUAUAUCAUUAAUUGGUGUUUUAUUGGUCUAUUUGGAGAAUACAGAUGAUAGUUAUUGUCAGAAAAUUUUAUUUCAUGUAUCGAUUAUUGUUUUACUCACACUGUGUAUCAAUGGUAUAACAAGUAAAUAUUUGGUAAAAUAUUUGUUAAAACUAAAUCAUUUACAAGAACAAUCAAUUGUUUCAAUUAAAAAGAUACAAAAUUAUUUAAAUUUAAUAACUUUAAAAAAAUUACAAUCAAUAAGACAAAAUUAUAGUGAACAUGAUGGUAUACAGUGGAAUGAGAUGUAUCGGUGUAUAAUUCAAAGAGGAGAAGAAGAUAUAAGUGAUUAUCAAACGAGACAAAAUCCACUAUUCAAUGUCUGUUCCAUAGAUGAUAGUAAGUCAAAAAGAAAAUAA